AUGAAUUAUACAUUUGAGUUCAAAUAUUCCCAAGAAGGAGACGUCAUCAUAGGAGGAAUAUUUGCUGUUCAUUCUGCAGUGACAAUGUGGAGAUAUGUCGGAAGCUUAUAUUACAAUGUCAUAUGUUCAGCUGUUCACCAGAGAGAAUACAGACAUCUCCUGGCUUUUAUCUUUGCUAUUGAUGAGAUAAACAGCAGUCCAGAUAUUCUGUCCAAUGUGACUCUGGGAUAUCAUGUGUAUGAUUCUUGUGGACAUGUGAAUAAAGCCACAAAAGAUGUUCUGCAGAUCUUGUCUGGACAUUCCAAGACAGUUCCAAAUUAUUCCUGUAUGGUGCGGGGUACAGUGGCUGGUUUCAUCGGAGACCUCCAAUCAGAUACAACUCUCCAAAUGGCACAGCUUUUGAAUCUCUAUGGUUAUACACAGAUUAGUUAUGGAGCUAGAGAUACUUUACUAAGUGACAGAAAGAUGUUUCCAAACCUUUUCCGGACAGUUCCAGAUAAUGAGAUGCAAUAUGUGGCCAUAGUGAAGUUACUAAAAAGGUUGAAGUGGAACUGGGUUGGGAUCAUUACAUCUGAUGAUGAAUAUGGAGAGAGGGAGAUCCAACAACUCAGCAAACAGUUAACUAAUCAUGGAAUUUGUAUUGCAUUUAAGAUCAUGGUGUCUGUCCCAAGAGGUCGAUGUUCUGAGGAAUGUCUUCCAGGGUUUAGAAAAGCUCUAAGGGAAGGGUAUCACAUAUGUUGUUAUGACUGUGCUCCGUGUUCAGAGGGAGAAAUAUCAAUCCAUUCUGAUAGUGAAAACUGCCAGAUGUGUCCUGCAGAUCAAUGGCCUAAUGAGGCUAGAAAUAUUUGUGUUGCCAAAUGUUAUGAAUAUUUGUCAUAUGAGAAGGACAUUAUGGUUCCAUUGUUUUCUGCAUCUUCAGUCAUAUCUUCCACUGCAUCUCUCUGUAUACUUGGAUUAUUUGUUUGGUUUCGGAGCACUCCCAUAGUCAGAGCCAAUAACAGGAACCUCAGCUUCAUUCUGCUCUUCUCUCUCAUGCUGAGUUUCCUUUCUGUGUUCCUGUUCCUUGGACAUCCGGUGGAUAUAACUUGUAUGCUACAACAAGUCUUCUUUGGAAUUGUCUUCACAGUCUCUCUGUCUUCUAUCCUAGCCAAAACCAUCAUGGUUGUUAUUGCUUUUAAAGCCACCAGACCUGGAAGCUCCUGUAGGAAAUGGGUAGGAGUCAAACUUCCCAAUACAGUCCUGUUGUUCUGCUCAUUAAUUCAGGUUAUGAAUGGUGUUUUCUGGUUGUCCAUAUCUCCACCAUUUCAAGAGUAUGACAUGCACUCUUCUCCCGGGAAGAUCAUCAUUCGGUGUAAUGAAGGGUCAGUUAUCGGGUUCUACUCUGUGUUGGGUUAUAUGGGGCUUCUGGCAGCUGUGAGCUUUGUUCUGGCUUUCAUGGUGAGGGCAUUACCGGACAGUUUUAAUGAGGCCAAGUACAUCACCUUCAGCAUGCUGGUCUUCUGCAGUGUCUGGAUUGCCAUGAUCCCGGCCUAUCUGAGCACCAGAGGAAAGUAUACAGUAGCUGUGGAGAUAUUUGCCAUACUGACCUCCAGUACUGGAAUAUUAGUCUGUAUAUUUUUUCCAAAAUUGUAUAUUCUACUUUUUAAACCUGAGCUGAACACAAGAAAAUCCAUGCUGGCAGGAAGAAUGAUAUGA